AUGUCGAAUAAUAGAUCAGCACCACAAUUUGAAUCAGCAGCCAAGCAAGCUGCAUCUACACCACGUUUCUCAUUGCCAAUGGGAUUAAAGACAAAGGUUGUAACACUUGCCAAUCUAUCAUUCUUUUCACUUCGUUGGACCUUUAAUGCACUAUGGGUAGCUGGUACAAUGGCCUUCUUAUGUUUCACUCCACUCAUCAAGACAUUGGAAUUCGAACGUAACCUCCAACAAGAACAAAAGCAACAAGAGAAAAAUGGUUCAAACAUUACAAACUCUUUACCAACUUUGAAUGAAUAA